AUGGCCUCCAUGAACUUUGUUCAAUCCCAAAUACCCAAACUCACCAAAGACAACUAUGAUAAUUGGUGUAUCCAAAUGAAGGCUUUGCUCAGAUCUCUUGACGUUUGGGAUCUUGUAGAAGAUGGCUACAUGAAACCGAUAGAAGAUGAAGUAAUGCUCACACAAGAGCAAAAGAAACAAAAUAAGGAGUUGAAAAAGAAAAAUAAGAAGGUCCUCUACACACUCUACCAAAGUGUAGAUGAAGAUACAUUCGAGAUCAUCACCGGAGCCACAACAUCAAAAGAGGCAUGGGACUUACUACAAAUGGCACAUAAAGGAGCAAAAAAGGCGAAGAAGAUUCAACUACAAUCUUUGAGGUCUGAAUUUGAAUCUUUAAAAAUGAUAAUUGGAGAAUCAAUUUCUGAUUACUUUUCAAGAAUGAUAUCUAUAGUCAAUCAAUUGAAAAGAAAUGGUGAAAAAAUUAUUGAUGUUCGAGUCGUGGAAAAAAUUUUACGCUCUUUAGAUGCAAAAUUUGACUUCAUUGUUGUAACCAUUGAAGAAUCAAAGGAACUGAAAGAGAUGACUAUAGAGCAACUCAUGGGCUCUUUACAAGCACAUGAAUAA